UAUUGUUAUCCAAUCAGCAAAAGGAGCAAUCUUUUACUAUUAUUAAUUUUGGGUUUUUUCAAUUAACACAAAGUUCAUCAGCCAUCGAUCGAUCACACAGAAAUCUCUGAUCUGCGAUCCCGAAUGAAACAGGGUGGCGACGGAAUCGAUCACAGCCAUACCCAGCUUCCUCCCGUACAGUAAGUGGUGUUCACAAACAGAGUUAAAGAAGUCCUAAUGUUCCAAUCUAUUCAUCGGAUCCUCUCUCCUCUUCGCUGUUUCUUCAUUUUAUAGGGUUUCACCAAUUGUAACUUGUUCACAGUUAGAUAAAGAGAGGAAACGGACGGGCGGAUGACUUGAAUUUGAAGACAGGGACUCGAAUUAUUGAGAGGGGAGCAAUGGAGGAGGAUGGAUCGGAGAUCGAUAUGGAGAACGGGGGACACUCGUCGGUGGAUUCGGUGGAAUCGAGGUGGGUGUUUCAGGACGAGGAGGAAGAGUACGAGGAAGAGAUCGGGACUGGAGAAGAUGGGAUCCCACAGACGGGUCUUGAUUCGGAUGAUGAUGAUAACGUUGAGCAAAGACUAAUACGUACAGGGCCUCGUAUUGAUUCAUUUGAUGUUGAAGCUCUUGAGGUCCCUGGUGCACAACGUAACGAUUAUGAGGAUGCCACCUUAGGAAGGAAAGUCAUACUUGCUUUUCAGACACUGGGAGUUGUUUUUGGUGAUGUUGGGACUAGUCCACUUUAUACCUUCAGUGUGAUGUUCAGUAAGGCCCCUGCCAAUGGCAAAGAAGAUGUUCUUGGAGCAUUAUCACUUGUUUUGUAUACAUUGAUUUUGAUCCCAUUGAUCAAAUAUGUACUUAUUGUCCUAUUGGCCAAUCACGAUGGUGAAGGUGGUACCUUUGCCUUGUAUUCCCUUAUAUGUAGGCAUGCUAAGGUCAGUCUUCUCCCAAAUCAGCAUCCAUCUGAUACCCGUAUAUCGAGCUUUAGACUGAAGGUUCCAUCUCCAGAGCUUGAGAGGUCAUUAAAAAUAAAGGAACGACUUGAAAAUUCUCUUACUCUGAAAAAGCUGCUUCUUAUGUUGGUCCUUGCUGGUACUUCUAUGGUGAUUGCAGAUGGUGUCGUCACUCCAGCAAUGUCAGUGAUGUCCGCAGUUGGUGGUCUGAAGGUUGGAGUUUCUGCAAUCAAGGAAGAUCAAGUGGUAAUGAUUUCAGUGGCAUUUCUUAUUGUUUUGUUCAGUGUUCAGAGGUAUGGAACUAGUAAAGUUGGGCUUGCUGUGGGACCUGCCUUGCUCAUAUGGUUUUGUUCUCUUGCGGGCAUUGGCAUCUACAACCUUGUGAAAUAUGAUAGUUCAGUUUUGAUGGCAUUUAAUCCUCUUCAUAUCUACUACUUUUUCAAGAGGAACUCGACUAAGGCCUGGUAUGCCCUUGGGGGCUGUCUCCUAUGUGCAACUGGUUCGGAGGCUAUGUUUGCAGAUCUUUGCUACUUUUCUGUGAGAUCAGUUCAGCUUACUUUUGUGUUUCUUGUGCUGCCUUGUCUUCUGUUGGGGUAUCUUGGUCAAGCUGCAUAUCUUAUGGAUAACUAUGGUGAUACAACACAAGCAUUCUUCUCCUCGAUUCCAAGUAGUGCUUUCUGGCCUGUCUUUCUCAUUGCAAAUGUUGCAGCAUUGAUUGCAAGCCGGGCUAUGACAACAGCAACAUUUUCUUGCAUUAAGCAAUCGACCGCGCUCGGUUGUUUUCCUCGCCUUAAAAUUAUUCAUACUUCCCGGAAAUUCAUGGGUCAGAUAUAUAUACCUGUUAUAAACUGGUUUCUGCUGACAUUUGCUAUAGUGUUCGUCUGCUCCAUCUCAAAUGUCUACGAGAUGGGAAAUGCAUACGGCAUUGCUGAGCUGGGCAUCAUGAUGAUGACUACGGUGUUAGUUACCCUGGUGAUGCUUCUAAUAUGGCAGAUUAAUAUCAUUAUUGUGCUGGUAUUUAUCGUUUUUUUCUUGGGAGUGGAGUUGAUAUUCUUCUCAUCAGUUUUGGGGAGUGUGGGAGAUGGAAGCUGGAUUGUAUUGGUUUUCGCUGUUGUGAUGUUCCUCAUAAUGUACAUUUGGAACUACGGCAGCAAUUUGAAGUACGAAACAGAAGUCAAGCAAAAGCUGUCAAUGGAUUUGAUGAGGGAACUAGGUUGUAAUCUUGGAACAGUAAGAGCUCCCGGUAUCGGUCUACUCUACAAUGAAUUGGUCAAAGGCAUACCCGCAAUAUUUGGUCAUUUCUUGACUACACUUCCAGCAGUUCAUUCUAUGAUAAUCUUUGUCUGCAUAAAGUAUGUUCCUAUCUCUGUAGUGCCCCAGAGUGAAAGAUUCCUAUUUCGACGUGUCUGCCCGAAAAACUACCAUAUAUUUCGCUGUAUUGCAAGGUACGGUUAUAAGGAUGUGAGAAAAGAGAAUCAUCAGACAUUUGAACAGUUACUGAUUGAGAGCCUAGAGAAGUUCAUACGCAGGGAAGCACAGGAAAGAUCUCUGGAAAGCGAUGGAGAUGAAGAUUCUGAAAAUGAGGAGUCUUCGUUCUCUAGAGUUCUUAUAGCCCCAAACGGAAGCGUUUAUUCGCUUGGUAUCCCACUGUUGACUGAUUAUGAUGCUUCAGCAUCAUCAGCAGGAGGAGGUAACAGCAACAGCAAUAAUCGAGCAGAGGCAGCUGAUGAAGAACAAAGUAUUGACAAAGAGUUGUCGUUUAUAAGGAAAGCUAAGGAAUCGGGUGUGGUUUAUCUUCUUGGACAUGGGGAUAUUAGAGCAAGGAAAGAAUCUUGGUUUAUUAAGAAGUUGGUUAUAAAUUACUUCUAUGCUUUCUUGAGAAAGAACUGCAGAAGAGGGAUUGCCAAUUUGAGUGUUCCUCACUCCCAUUUAGUACAAGUCGGCAUGACUUACAUGGUCUGACUGACUGACUGAAGCUUUCUUUCUUUCUUUCCUUAGCUUCAAUAGAAUCAAUGAAGGAUUAUCAUUUCUUCUUCUCUUGUUUAGUAGUUUGUUUUACCAUGUCAUUCGUUGGAUCAGCAAAAGUGAACCCUAAUAUUUAUACAUAUAUAUAUAUAUAUGCUUCCUUUUCUUCUC